UCCCUCUACUUCAUCUCACCAACAAACACAAACAAACACACAGUUUAAAAUUAUCAAAAACAACAUGAUGCUACAAGAUCUAAAGCCAUAUUUAGCUGUCAUAUUUUUGCAAUUUGGGAAUGCGGGUUUGGUUAUAAUCGCCAAAGCUGCUCUUAAUCAUGGAAUGAAUCAUUACACUUUUGCAGUUUAUCGAAACCUUGUUGCCACCCUUGUUAUCGCUCCUUUUGCUCUCUACUUCGAAAGGAAAGGGAGGCCAAAACUGACGUUUUCAAUCUUCAUCAAGAUAAUGUUGCUAGGCCUCUUAGAGCCCGUUAUCGAUCAGAACUUAUACUAUGCAGGGAUGCAAUAUACAACUGCAACUUUUGCAAUAGCCAUGUGCAAUAUAAUCCCCGCCAUGACAUUUAUCAUGGCUUGGAUAUGCAGGCUUGAGAAGGUGAAUAUCAAGAAAGUACAUAGCAUGGGGAAGAUAGUCGGGACAUUAGUGACAGUGGGAGGAGCGAUGAUAAUGACGGUGGUUGUGGGACCCACAAUUGGUCUGCCAUGGAGCAAAGGCUCAACCACCGCACACAACCAGCAAUCAACCGCCCCUGUAAGUGCCGGAGACAAUAUCAAAGGAUCCAUGAUGAUCAUCGCAGGUUGUUUGUCAUGGAGCUGCUUUUACAUUGUCCAGGCACUUACGUUGAAGUCAUACCCUGCAGAACUCUCUCUCACGGCUCUAAUUUGUGCAGCGGGGACAUUGCAAGGGAGUAUUGUGACUAUAAUUGCUGAAAGGGGGAAUAAUGCGGCAUGGAGAUUACAAUGGGAUGCUGGACUUGUGACUAUAGUUUAUGGUGGAGUGAUCUGUUCAGGAUUGGGUUACUAUCUUUCGGGAAUUGUAAUGAAGGAAAAAGGGCCGGUUUUCGUUACUGCUUUUAACCCUUUAAGCAUGGUCAUCGUCGCUAUUUUGGGAUCUAUUGUUUUAUCUGAACAGAUGAAUUUAGGAAGGGUUCUUGGAGCAGUAGUGAUCGUUGUUGGGCUAUACUUGGUGAUAUGGGGCAAGAGCAAGGAUGAAAGUCAGUCAAAUUCCAAAUUUGACCCUGAUGAGAUUCCACCUGUUAAUCAACAAAUACCCAUGACGAUUAGUAUCAAAAAAUUGGGAAAUGAAGAUCAUGAUCAUAGUCUGUCGAUUGCAAUGCCACCAACUAAUGAAACAUUUAAUAAAAUUAAUGGAAAAUAGAAUGAUUAAUUAACAGUUUAAUUGUUGAUGAGGGAAAAAUAUGGCACAUGUUGCUUGUAGUACUAAUUGUUCUAUUGAAUAUAUUGCAAACUUUAGUCUCUA